UUAUUGAUAAUUUUUUUUUACAGAAAAUAUCGUACAAAGGCAUUACGAAAUGAGGUUAUUUUUCUUUUGAAUAUUGUCUUCUUCUUGAUUUGGCCCUAUCCGUGUAUGAACAAAUGUUGGUCUAGAAGAAAGAGAAAAGAAGGGAUUAAUUACCAUAAUUUCUCCGUUUUUUCUGACUCUGAAAGUGGUAGCGAUAAAGAACUAGAUUUCCCACCAAUCGAAGAAGAUGAAGAUCCCGAGACCUUGAUAAAGGAGGUAACUAGUAUGCAGGAGAGCCGUGAAAGAUCAUCGAUAAAGGAGGCGACAAGUAUGCAGGAGAUCCGUGAAAGAUCAAAGUCCAAAAUUCCGCGUGCUUAUCCAAGUUCUUCAGAGAAGCAGGAAGAGAACAAACACUUUACAAUAAAGUUGAAACCAGCAAGGCAGUCUCUUAGCGAAAGUGCCCUUUCAACUGUAUCCGAUGAAUCGUUGGUGUCACCCAUAAUAACGGAACAGUGGCAAACAGGAGGUCGCAAGGCGGCAGCUGUGACUAGGAGAUAAAUUUCGUUUUAAAAUGAAGGUAAGUUAUAGAGUUCUAAAGUUUGCUGUUUUUACGUUUGGUUUGUACUAAAUUAUUGGCAAAUAAAGAUAGUAUCUGAGUUUGAUACA